AGACCAGGGUCACGUGCGCCACUCGGCGACCGGUUGCAAACGCCGAGAGCGGUGAAAUGGCGGCGGGCAGGGUGAAGGUGGUGUUGAAAACCGUGAAAGAUAUCAGCGUGCAGUUCUGUCCUUUCCAGUCCAAUGUCCGAAGCGCCAGAGAGUUUCUUGCCGCAAUAGGAACAGAAAAGGUACGCCAAACAAACUCCAACUGUCGGAUUGUAGCUGAUGUAAAGCAUGAUGAGACAGAGCCUGUAAUAACUAUAACAUUCAAUGAUGGAGAAAACUUGAUAAUGAAGGCAGCAAACUUGACAACCAGAGAGAUGCUAUCAUUUUUCAAUGAGAGAUGUGUUGCCAAAGACCCUCAGGCACAAGAGACGGGAUCAAAAAAAAGCUAAUUAUGUUACAUUGAACAUUCCUGUUAACGUGUUCACUGGCAAUUCAAACCUGAUGAAGUGUUGAAUGACUUUUGAUUUGUUUAGUUUGAAAACUGCAAAUCGAGCAUUUACUGAAUAUAGAACUGUCCAGUAUGAUGAAACUCCUCUUAGUUCAUCAUUCAACAGAAUUCUGAGUCAUGAUUUUAGAAUUUAUGUCCUUCAGAGCUAUGUCCAAUAGGAUACAGAUUAAGUAGGAAUUUGUGUAAUUGUAAUAACUCAGCAACUGCUAUCAGAACACCCUGUUGUGAAUAAUGACAUCUCACUGUAUUAUCGUUAUUGUACGUAUUGACUACAAUAAAACAUAUUGUCUAGGUAA